AAGAAAACACGGAACUCGAUUUGGAAGCGAGUUUGUUUUGAUAUCGAACAGUCAUUGUGUCGACCAAGGAAGACACGAAACUUAAUACCGAAUUCGCAGUCUUCUGAAAAUGGCUAAACUCCAGUCUUUGAGUGUAUUUGUUAAUGAACGUUUAACAGUGGCUGCUGUGGAGAUUUUUGACGUUGUAGAGAAAGUGGUAGCCAAGUACCAGGAGGAAAUUUCCCGAUCUAAAGAGGAGAAUGACCGGCUACGGAGACUUCUGCGGAUCACAACAGAGAUAAAAGAGGAAGAAACCCCUGAGCAGCAGCACUGUGAGCAGGAGUGGAGCCCCAGUUUGAGUCAGGAGAAACCAGCGCUCACACAGAUUAAAGAGGAACAGGAAGAAAUCUGGACCAGUCAGGAGGUAGGACAGCUUCAAGGCCUGGAGACGGACACCAUAGAGUUCAUAUUCACUCCUCCUUGUGUGAAAAGUGAAUGUGAUCUUCCCCAGACCGUGGAGGACAGGGGUAGUGACUUUAAACUGUUGGAUCACGACCCUUUUGGCACUGUAGCUCACAUAAAGGGUCUUGACAGUUCGUGUAACCCUCUAGAUAAUGAGGGUAAUACCUCCAGCCACAGCUCGGCCAUAAGCAGCGACCCAUUAGGACUUGACAGCAGCCCACCAUUGAGGAAACAUACAAAAAGCAGCACCACGUCUAAAAAACCUCAUUGCUGCCUUGACUGUGGCAAAUGCUUCACUCAGGUUGGCCGACUGAAGAUGCACUCGAGGAUUCAUUCAGAGGCGAAACCAUUUAGCUGUGGAGACUGUGGGAACCGAUUUCAGCUGAAGGGAGAACUAACCAAACAUAUAGUGAUUCACACGGGAGAGAAACCAUUUAACUGUGGUGACUGUGGAAAAAGUUUCAAUCGCAAGCUUACUCUUAACAGGCAUAUACUGCUUGUCCACAAAGAAGGAACACAGUGCGAAAAUGGAAAGACGAAAGGGGAGAAACCAUUUUGUUGUGGUGACUGCGGGAAAAGUUUUACUCGCAGGCAGACCCUGAACAGACAUAAAAUGAUUCACACAGGAGAAAAACCAUUUCAUUGUGGGUACUGUGGGAAAGGCUUCAAUCGCAAGGAGACUCUCAUUGAUCAUAUCCAGAAUCAUACAGGAGAAAAACCAUUUAGCUGUGGUGACUGCGGGAAAAGCUUCAACAGGAAGAGGAACCUAACUUCUCAUUUACUGACUCACACGGAAGAGAAACCAUUUACCUGUGGUGACUGUGGGAAAAGCUUCAAGCAAAAGAGUGACUUAACCAAACAUAUAAUGAUUCACAUGGAAGAGAAACCAUUUAAAUGUGGAGAAUGUGGAAAAAGCUUCAAUUACAAGGUUAACCUCAACAGGCAUAUGCUGUUCAUCCACAAAGAAAGAAAACAGGAAGAUAGUGGAAAGAAGAAAGACAAUUAAAAUGCCAAGAGCUUCUGUCAGGAGAUUAGAAUAAGAAGCAGGAUAUGGACAAGACUGUUAAGAAAGCAAAGCAGCUCUGGGUCAUUCAUCUUGUUGGUUUCAAAUACAUUGAUAUGUGAUUCCAUUUAAUUUUGUAAAAUGUUCUAUGUAAAUCAUGUCUACUUUUAUUUGAAUAAUGAUGAAACAGUACAGUACAGGCUGUUGUUCAAAGUAUGGUGUGGAUGUUUUCACGUUGUUAGAAACAGGAGUUUCCCGGUCUCUUAAGGUGAUUGAGAGAAUGGUGAGACUGAUGUUAUUGAUACGUUCAACAUUUUGUAAAACUUUUUUUUUUAAGUACUAAUGAACUAAUAAAGCAUUUUAUUAUGAACAUGUAUAAUAGUGCUCCAAUAAAACAAAAAAUGUGCACUCCC